AUGAAUAGCAAGCUUGAUGAAAAUACCUCUGCCCUGAAAGAGAACACGGUGAAAAUGAUAGAGUACCUAGAUAGGAUUGAUGCCCUGACAGCAGAAAAUAAACAGCUAAAAGAUAAGGUUUUCAACCUAGAGCAGAAGGUUGAAGACAUGGAGCAGUACUCUAGGCGUAACUGUGUGGAGCUUCAAGGUGUACCUGUGGUGGGCAAUGUGCUAGACACAGUGAAGGAGGUGGGAAAGGCUCUUGGUAUGGAAGUAACUGAUACAAUGGUUGAUGCAUGCCACACUCUAGCAAAACGUGAUUCAAAGCCACCUGGAAUCAUUAUAAAAUUUGUUAGGAGGUUUGAUGCGGAAAAUAUGAUGGCCAAAAGAAGAGCAAAGAAGGACUUUUCAACUCGGCACAUAGGUUUAACAAGUGACGAACCAAUCUAUGUCAAUGAGUCUCUUACUCCAACCAGAAGAAGACUGCUCGGUAUGACCAGGGACUUUAAGAAAAAGAACAAUUACCAGUUUGUGUGGGUGCGAGGAGGUAAAAUCUUUCUGCGAAAAGAUGAAAAGGGACCCGUUUCUGUGAUAAGGUGCCAGGCUGACCUUGACAACCUUUAG